AUGUCCGAAGACCGAUCCUAUGCCCCGCCGGUCUUCAAGCGGCGAAGGCUCGACGGCAGCGGCCGCUCGACGCCGCGGGCCGAGCACGCCUCGACACCGGGCCCCGACGUGCCCCAGCCGACAGACGAAGACACGAAAGCGCUGGACCGCGACUGGUACGCCGGCGACGAGUUUGGCGGGCACGUGUUCGGCGACGACAUGCACAACCCGUUCGGCCACGACUACUCGGCCUGGGAGAAGGAGCACCAGGAGGCCGUCAAGGCGGAGAAGAUGUCGAGCCGGUACGACGCGCGGCGCGAGCAGCGCAACAGGGACAACGACGCCUGGGAGACGAACCGCAUGCUCGUGUCGGGCGUCGCGCAGCGGCGCGACAUGGCGGCCGACUUUGACGACGACGAGGCGACGCGCGUGCACCUGCUCGUGCACGAGCUGCGCCCGCCCUUCCUCGACGGCCGCACCAUCUUUACCAAGCAGCUCGAGCCCGUGCCCGCCGUGCGCGACUACCAGAGCGACAUGGCCGUCUUCAGCCGCAAGGGCAGCAAGGUCGUCAAGGAGGCGCGGCAGCAGCGCGAGCGCCAGCGGCAGGCGCAGGAGGCGACGAGCAUGAAGGGCACCGCGCUCGGCAACCUCAUGGGCGUCAAGGAGGAGGAAGGCGACAGCGCCAUGGCCAUUGCCGGCGAGGAGGACGCCGUCAGGAAGCCCGACGGCGAGACGAGCAACAAGUUCAGCGACCACAUGAAGAAGAAGGCCGAGGGCGGCAGCGACUUUAGCAGGACGAAGACGCUGCAGGAGCAGAGGCAGUACCUGCCCGCGUUUGCCGUCAGGGAGGACCUGAUGCGCGUCAUUCGGGAGAACCAGGUCAUUGUCGUCGUCGGCGAGACGGGCUCCGGCAAGACGACGCAGUUGACGCAGUUCCUGUAUGAGGAGGGCUACGGAGACUCGGGCAUGAUUGGGUGCACACAGCCGAGGCGUGUCGCCGCCAUGAGCGUCGCGAAACGUGUGGCGGAAGAGAUGGACGUCAAGCUCGGCAGCACCGUCGGCUAUGCCAUUCGUUUUGAGGACUGUACCAGCAAGGAGACGGUCAUCAAGUACAUGACCGAUGGUGUGCUUCUUCGAGAGUCGCUCAACGAGCCUGACCUCGACAAGUACUCGUGCAUCAUCAUGGACGAGGCGCACGAGCGUGCGUUGAACACCGACAUUCUAAUGGGACUCUUCAAGAAGAUCUUGCAAAGGAGACGAGAUUUAAAACUCAUCGUCACGUCUGCCACCAUGAACUCGAAAAAGUUCUCCGAAUUCUACGGCGGCGCCCCAGAUUUCACUAUUCCGGGAAGGACGUUUCCGGUCGACACCAUGUUCCAUCGGUCGCCGGUGGAGGACUAUGUGGACCAGGCGGUGCAGCAGGUUCUGUCCAUCCAUGUGUCUAUGGACCAAGGCGACAUCCUCGUUUUCAUGACCGGUCAAGAGGACAUUGAAGUGACCUGCGAGCUGGUGCAGAAACGCCUGGAUGCGCUGAAUGACCCACCAAAACUCAGCAUCCUCCCCAUUUACAGUCAGAUGCCUGCAGACCUGCAGGCCAAGAUUUUCGACCGAGCGGCACCGGGAGUCCGCAAGUGCAUCGUAGCGACGAAUAUUGCGGAAACUAGCUUGACAGUCGAUGGUAUCAAGUACGUCGUAGAUGCGGGCUAUUCCAAGAUGAAAGUCUAUAACCCCAAGAUGGGUAUGGAUACGCUUCAGAUCACCCCCAUCUCCCAGGCGAACGCUUCACAGCGUUCAGGUCGAGCUGGCCGCACAGGGCCCGGCAAGGCGUUCCGGCUGUUUACAGAAAAGGCCUUUAAAGAAGAACUUUACCUACAGACGAUUCCGGAAAUCCAGCGGACGAACCUCAGCAACACGGUUCUCAUGUUGAAGUCGCUCGGCGUCAAGGAUCUCCUCGAUUUCGACUUUAUGGACCCUCCACCGCAAGACACCAUCACCACCUCCAUGUUCGACCUCUGGGCUCUGGGCGCCCUCAACAACCUGGGCGAGCUGACGAAGCUGGGCGCCAAGAUGAGCGCUUUCCCCAUGGAUCCGUCACUGUCGAAGCUUCUCAUUACGGCCGAGGAAUACGGCUGCAGCGAGGAGAUGAUCACCAUCGUCUCCAUGCUGUCCGUGCCCAACGUGUUCUACCGACCGAAGGAGCGGCAAGACGAGGCCGACACGCAGCGCGAGAAGUUCUGGGUCCACGAGUCGGAUCAUCUGACCUACCUGCAGGUGUACUCGGCGUGGAAGUCCAACGGCAUGUCGGACGGCUGGUGCAUCAAGCACUUCCUGCACCCCAAGUCGCUGCGGCGCGCCAAGGAGAUCCGCGACCAACUGCUCGACAUUAUGAAGAUGCAGAAGAUGCAGAUGCUCAGCUGCGGCAUGGACUGGGACGUCAUCCGCAAGUGCAUCUGCUCGGGCUACUACCACCAGGCCGCCAAGUACAAGGGCUCGGGCGAGUACAUCAACCUGCGCACCAACCUCGGCGUCCAGCUGCACCCGACCUCGGCCCUGUACGCGGGCCACCCGCCCGACUACAUUGUGUACCACGAGCUCAUCCUCACGUCCAAGGUGUACGUGUCCACCGUCACGGCCGUGGAUCCGCACUGGCUCGCGGACCUCGGCGGCGUCUUUUACUCGGUCAAGGAAAAGGGCUACUCGAUGCGCGACAAGCGCAUCACCGAGACGGAAUUCAACCGCAAGAUGGAGAUUGAGACGCAAAUGGCCGACGACAGGCGGCGGCAGCAGGAGCAGAUGGCCGCCGAGCAGGAGCGGGACUCGAGGAAAAAGACGCUCAGCGGACCAGUGAAGAAGGUCGUCACACAGGGGGCCGUGAAGAAGCCGGUGAUCAAGCGCAAGGGAAGGAACUUUUAG